CAUGCAUUACGUGAUUGAAAGAUGUAAUGUUUGUUUGGGUUUUGGACAUUAAAUGUUUUGUUUGUUUUAAAUUUCAGCAAAGUUUAAAGUGCAUAUGAAUAUUGCAUUUUAUUAGCUAAAGCAUUUUAAAAAUGUCUAGUCGUGUUUUAAAAAAGCUCCAUGGCGAAAAAGACCUGGCGACAGUGCUUGGCAUGGAUGGAAUGAGCGAAUCUGAUGACGGUGGAGCAAGUUUUCGGGGAGCGGUGGAAAAGCCCGUCAAUAAUAGAUUCGAAUUGCUAAAUAAUGUGGACCAUUCGUUGUCUGAUACUGAGACUAAAGAGGAUGAUGAUCGUGAAAACGAACCUUCACAAGAUGGGCAGGAGAGAAAAAAGUUGGAGAAGCAAGACUCUACUCACAGUACUGAUAGCUUGAAGCGACGCAAAAAGAAAAAGAAGAAGAAACUGAAAAAUCAAAAAAGUACAGAGGAAAAUUUAGAUGAUGGGGAGGAUGAAAUUGAAGCUUCUAUUCGUGAUGUGAGUAAAAUGCUGGGGGAACCAGAACCAAACAUGUCAGACAUGGCUACUCGAAGUCAAGCUCAUUCCGAAAAGCCUGCUCAAGAAAAGUCCAUAUUUUAUGUCGAGCUUAGGAAUUUAAAUCCUGAUAAUGAAAUGAGGAAACUGUUCGGAUCCAAAGUGGUUCAAAAUGAACAAGUUAAAAAAAGAGGUAGAGGUCGAACCCAUGGCAGAUCAUCUGUUUUAGUUUCACCAAAAAAUUGGCCACAUGCUGGGAAAUCUGGCUUAUCUAUGAGGAUGCUUGAAAAUAAAGAUGAUGUGUGCAGUUUUACUUUUGAGCAUAGCAAGCAAUAUCAGGCAGUUCAAGUCCAAUUUCUAGAAGCCGUCGAAAGUUUUAAUCCUGAUAAUAUUGUGGCUUUGCUCAAUUUGUAUCCUCAUCACAUUGAUGCCUUGAUUCAAUUCAGUGAUAUAUGUAAGAUGGGAGAUGACACGCAAAUGGCAGCUGAGCUCAUUGAGAGAGCUCUAUACUACAUGGAGUGUGCUCUUCAUCCUUUGUUUAAUGUUUGUGUUGGAAAUUGUAGGUUAGAUUAUAGAAGAGUUGAAAACAGAUCCUUUUUCAUUGCUUUGUUCAAGCAUAUAAUGUAUGUGGGUCAAAGAGGAUGCAACCGCACAGCUCUUGAAUUUUGUAAAUUUUUGCUCAGUCUUGAUCCAGAGGAAGAUCCGUUGUGUGCAAUUCUGAUGAUUGAUUACUAUGCUCUGCGCUCUCAGCAGCAUGAUUACCUUAUCAGGCUCUUCCAAGAAUGGGACAUGACCCGCAACCUUUCGCAGCUGCCAAACUUUGCUUUUUCCAUUCCUCUUGCCAUGUUCCUGAAAGCAUUAGAUGAGGGGCAAUCUUCAGAGACAGCAGAUCUCAUGCUUCAAAAUGCUUUGAUUAUGUUCCCAGGAUUCCUACUCCCUAUCCUAAAUAAAUGUAAUGUAGAGCCAGAUAAAGUUGUAAGCACACAUCCGUUUUUCCAAAGAAUUAGAGAUUCACCUCCUCUGACUUCUCUUCUGAAUUUGUAUGCGGCACGAACUCAUUCAAUUUGGCGUUCACGUGAAAUUAUGCUGUGGCUGGAACGACAGGUUAACAUAGUUUUGGAAAGGCAUAGCAGAGAAGAGGCCUUUUUUUCAGAGUGUGAGAAAAAGAGAAAAAUUCGGUACCCUAGCACACCACGAAAUGUUUUAAGGCACGUAAUCCUUUCGGACGUACGAGAUGCCAAUUUCGUCAUGCCACAGGAUAUAUCAUCUUCACCCAUCUUUGCUUUCGAUCCUCUACCCCCACCAGAUUCUAUCACACCUUACAGGAGGUCUUCCAGGGCAGAGGUACCUGAUGAUCAAGGAGUGCUGAGCAUGUUCUUCUCAUCUUUACUGCCUACUUUCAAUGUGCCUCAUGAUGGUGCUGCUCAUGCUCAUGGUGGUGCUGAAAGAGCUGCGAGGAAUGAUCUCCGGCGCAGUGUGACCUCUCUCAUUGAUGCCAUGAGAGAUCUGAUAAGUUCGGAACACAAUGCUGAUGACAUACCUGAUGAAGCGGAUGUGGACAGCGAUGAAGACACUCGUGAGACUUAAGGCCUUGCAUGGCACAUAAAGAUUGAGACAGAAAACCUCAA